UGUUAGUCAAAAUGUGGAUUAAUAUCGUUCGGUUGACUUUGGCCCUGUUGAGCUGUUUCGAUUGCUUUCGAAUCGUGCUGGGCCAAUGCUACUACUCGUUGGAUAUGAAGUUCGGAUCGUCGUACUAUCUGCCAUCGCCGGGCUAUCCAUUGAAGUAUCCUCCCAAUACUAAAUGCUCGUACCGUAUCACUGCACCCUACGGUUACCGGAUAGAUUUCAAUUGUAAUGAGUUUCAGAUUCCCAGUAAACAUCCUUUUGCGCCUCCAAAACCACUUUUACCAAACAAACCAGCAGUAAAUACCACAACCGGCUGUCGGCUGGACACCUUCCGGGUAUCGCUGACCGGCCGGGAAGACCUCUCGGAUGCGUACACAUUCUGCGGAGCCGGCGUUAUCCGGGAGAAAUCCGUUGCCAACAGUAUGUUCCUGCAGCUGCAAGCCGCUCCUAAGAGCCAAGGGGGGAAAUUCCUUUGCACCAUGUCCAUCAUACCGCAGAGCUGUUCCUGCGGCAAGAAAAAAUUGACGAAAAUCGUAAACGGAAUCGAAACAAAGGUCAACGAAUUUCCAAUGAUGGCGGCAAUGAUUGAUGUGAAAACCCGGAUUGUAGUUUGUGGAGCAUCUAUCAUUUCGGAUUUUUACGCCUUGACGGCGGCACAUUGUUUGCUCCAAAGGACUGUUGAUGAUACGGCUUUGCUAGUGGGGGAUCAUAAUCUGACUACAGGGCUGGAUACCGGCUUUGCUCAGGCUUACAUUAUAGCUCAGUUUUUGUCCCACACGGCAUUCCUAGUUAAUCCAGUAUCGAAUGAUAUUGCCCUGCUGAGAACCUUGCAGCAAAUUCAAUUCAAUAACGGCGUGAGUCCGGUCUGUCUUCCGUGGAAAUUCCGGGGUGACAGCUUUGAAGGAGCCGUCGUCGAGGCCGUCGGAUGGGGUGAUCUGGAUUUCGGUGGGCCCAAAUCUAAGGUUCUGAUGAAGGUGGCACUCAACGUAAUCAACAACCAGCAAUGCUCGACCCAACUCAACACCACCAUAACCUAUCAAAAACUGUGCACUUAUACGCCAACGAAGGACACGUGUCAGUCGGAUUCUGGGGGCCCGCUGUUCUAUACUGCCCCCUCGAACGGACUGCUCUACGAGGUCGGAAUUGUGAGCUACGGAAUAGCCUGUGCCACUUCAAAUCCCAGCGUUAAUACCAGGGUCACCGAGUUUCUGGACUGGAUUAUGGCCAACACCCCGAAUGCUUUCUACUGCUUCCAGUGAGCGCUUCCAUAGAUCCUAUAGGCAAGCAAGAACUCAGUCUGGAUGGCGGCGGAAAAAUAGAAAGAUUUUACUCUUUUCCUAUACAAUAAAAUAGACCAUGGACCAUAUACCUACCUCCAUAAGUGUGCAGGAGAAGGAGUAAAAAAUCUGCUUUCCCGGAAAUGUUCUGCUUUCUUCUGUUUGUUCCGGAAAAAGUUUGCUCAUCCCGGGUAUUAUCGGGCU